GGGUGUCAUCGCCAGCCCAAGCAAGCAAGCAAAACGGGGAAGAAAAAGAAAAUCCUCUUUCCAGCCAGCGCAGAGAGUUCGUUCGUCAUCCGCCUUGCUCGGUGGCACCCGUCAGGAUUUCUAGUGAUAUCAUCAUCAUCAAUUCGCUUUCGUCGUUUCGGGGUGAGGCCUGCUGUGUCCCGCAAAGUGUGCGGCAUCCGGUCCGCGAAAGUGUCCUCACGCCGCGAGCGCUUGCGUCGUCGGUAAUUGUGUUCCGGGGCGGCGGUGAAAUUCGACUCCCGUUCCGAGUAUACGGCGGUGAAAGUGCGUCCCCGUCAAGGGAAGAAAAAGUGGUUCCUCCCGGAUUAAUGGCGUGAACAAAGUAAACAUUUUAUUUUUUUGCUGGGUUGUCCUCGCACACACACACGGAUUACGGAUCUUGCGGGUUCAUCGACGGCACGGAGUACGACAGAGAGAGAGUGGGUCUACCCGGUCUACCAGAUACAGGUGACAACCGGGCUGGAACACAACAGGCAGGUCUCCGCAUAAGUGCAGAAAAAAAAGCUAAGAUUCGAAAAUGUAAGCAAAGAGCCAAGUGUUCCCCGGUGUGAUUCUCCUGGAAGAAACGAAGAAAUUAAGUGAAGGCUCAACCCGACUCGACUCGGCACACGACAAACACAAGAAGCGAUCGAGAGAGAGAGAGCGAAUCCCCCCGAAACACAGAAAAAAGAAAGAAUUAAUUCACUCUCCGCGGGUGCUCCUCCUCGCAGGGCCAGGGCAGUUCCAGCAAAAGUGUGACACACAAAGAAGAAAACGAGAAUUCCUCCGUGAGAUGGUGGCGGCAGCGGCCUGAAGAAACAACACAGAAAGAAAGAAACAGUGAAGUUUACUACGCAAAACGUGGGGGGAAACGAACGAACGUGAGGAAGAGAAGGAAAACGCAUCGUAGCCCCGACGAUCACCUGGAGAAAGAGUACGGAGUGACGGAGACACGAGCAGCAGCACAGACGGUGACUGCAGACUAAAAAAAAAAGAUGGAGAAAACUGGAGUGAGCGCCAUCGUCGAGUACGACUACGCCGCGAAGGAAGCAGACGAGCUGACGCUGAAGAAAGGUGCCAUCAUAACCAACAUCAAGAUCCAGCCGGGCGGCUGGUGGGAGGGCACACUGACGGCAACCGGCCGGACCGGUAUGUUUCCGGACAACUUUGUCCGCGUGCUCGAGCCCGACGACAAGAACCCGGUCGUGCUGAGGGACAAAACUGCCACCCAGAACCGACGAUGUAAAGUCAUUUACAGCUACCGGGAGAACAAACCGGACGAGCUGUCGCUGGCGGUCGGUGAUGUAAUCGAGAUUUUCGAAGAGGUCGAGGAAGGCUGGUGGCGCGGCAAACUGAACGGCAAAGUGGGCGUCUUCCCGUCCAACUUUGUCGAACCGAUCGAGUCCGUUUCACCCACCUCCGCCAACCGACGGAGCAGCACCGGCGGCGCGGCCGUUGGCAAACCACACCCCGGCGUCAUCGUCGAUGGCGCCACCACUGGCAGCCUAACGAAAACCAACAGUCUCAACAAGAGCCGAACCAGCCUGAGCAGCUCGCGGGAAGAUUUGGACGCACCUCCUCAUGAUGCGCCCUCGUUGCCACCGAAGCCGGUGCGGGAACUGUGCCGGGUGUUGUUUGCGUACGCGCCAGCGAAUGACGACGAGUUGAAGCUGGGGGAAGGGGACAUUAUUACCAUUUUGAGCAAGGACCUGCCGGAUAAGGGCUGGUGGAAGGGCGAGCUGCGGGGAAAGGUUGGGGUGUUUCCGGACAACUUUGUCGUGCUGCUCCCGCCGGAAGUGUCUCCCGUGAAGGAGCCAUCGUUCCACCCGAAGCCGGACCGUCCGCCGCCGGCGAGCAAGAUUCUGGUUGGGAAGCCUAGCAGCAACAGCCGGAAGGAGAGCUUUGGGUCGAAGGAUUCGCUGAACGAAACAGGGCCGGCGACGGGAUCGCCCACGUUUGGCAACGUGGCCGCCCAUCGGAAGUCGCUGGAGAGUCGGAGUGUCGUUUCGACGGAGUCGUCGCCUGCGGCGGCAGUUACCGAGAAGCCCCCGCGGAAGAGUUUGGACAGCAAGACGUCGGAGAUUCGGAAGAGUUUGGAGAGUUUGGACGAGAAGAAGUCAACGCCGCCGCCGGUGCUGGGAAAGCCGCAGGUGCCGAUCAAGAAGAGUCCGUCGAUUACGAGCGUGACGGGGAAUUUGUUCUCUGGGCUGAAGCAGAAGGUCAAGGGGGAGAGCAAGACGUCGGCGGGACCGGUUAGUCAGGACAGCAUGGAUGGUGUUGGUGGUAGCAAGGUCAAGUCGGAGGUUGCGGACAACAACGAGAAGAACGUCGAGAGGCUUUCGGGCAGGACGGAGGAGUCCGAGUUUGGUCACGUCGAGCGGGGUUCGGUGUUGAAGGACAUGCGCGCAAAUCGGGCCAAGGCACCGAAGAGAAGACCGCCGACUUCGGCGGGAAGUUUGAUCAUUGAGUCGGCAUCGCCGGCGGGAAGUAACGGCAUGAGCAAUGGAAAUUCGGGGUUGUUCCACCAGCUGUCGCAGAACUCGGAGCCGGAGUCGCCCAAGCCAGACCUGCUGAACGUUAGUCAUCACAGCGGGAACGCCGCCAAUAACAACAACGAGGACGAGUUCAUCGCCAAGCCAAAGGCCCGUGAGUGGGAGAAGCACAAGGUGCCCUGGAUGGACGAGCUGAAGGCCAGCCAGGCCAAGAAGACUACCACCUCGCCGAACGUCAACGAGUCCAAGUCGCCGGAGCACAGUUCGGUGUCGUCAAGCACCAGCACGAAUCACAACCACGAAGAAAGCAAGUUCGAGACCAUUUCCAAGUCGUUCCACUCGGGGUCGGUUUCGUCCUCGUCGACGACGACGGCCCUCUCGGUGUCCGCGUCCGGACGAACCCGCCUCUCGGAACGAGCUGCCACAGCCGACGUCACGUCCAGCACUACCAACAAUCACCACAUCAACAGUUCCUUCGACUUGAUUGCGUCCAGUAGGAAGGAAACUAGCACAACCAGCAGCACGAGCAGCAGCCAUCAGCAACAUUCCCUAGCCGCCGUCAGCAACGACAGCAUGACCAAGUCGAUGUCUGCCCUUUCAACCAAGAUUGCCAUCUCGUCGGACGCCGCCAAUGCCACCACCAACGAAAGUCCUGCCCCCGCGACCGCCCCUCCCGUGGCCAACGCCCGCCCCAUCAGUGUCAACCUGCGGAACCGCAGCAUAUCGCCAACGCCCAUCACGCGCAACACCAAGACAAUCCACAUCGCCGGCACAUCGGAAGCCAACGGAACGACCAGCAGCGGUUCGACGACGACCACCGCGAUCGGAGGCGCGGUCACGUCCGACAACGUGUGCACCCGCGUGCAGGACCUGGAGGCGAAAGUGAACUGUAUGGAGCGGGCGCUCAACGCCCAGAAUGGCCUCAUCGAGGAGCUAAAGCCGCUCCGCGACGAGUCGGACAAGGUGCGGACGCUGCAGAAGGAGCUGGAAAAGUACGCCCAGUGCGUCACGCAGGUAUGAUAAGAGCGUUUUGUAUUUCUUCUUUCAAGCCGUAGACGACGCGCGUUGAACGCGUAAACAUUCCCCGAACUCGUCGCCGUUCACAAACUUUUGCAUUUCCGUAGACGCAAACAAAACUUACCGAAUUCCAAUUCUAGAGAGGCGAAACCGCAAGUAGUAUUAUUAAGUAAAGCCGAGCGACGAAACAAAAAAGAAAGUACUUCGUUGUAGAGUAUUUUAGUCGCUGCUGUAAAAAGGUAACGCGGGAAAACGUUCAAAAUUACGCCGCAAGCAUGUGUAUAAAGCAAACAAAAUAACGCGAAAUCGAUGAUAGUUUAAAGCAUUGUGAAAAGUCAGAAACUAGUAAACUAUCAAACAGCAAAAUAAAGUCGUCCUUUCUUUGAAAACAAAACAAAAUUCAGCAAAAACACAACGUAAUACUGCACAAAUAUUCUUGCGAAGAAAAAAAACAUUCAUGCAACACAUCUACACAAAAGACACACAACUUAAGCCUAAAUUGAUAACCACCCCCUCUUAUUGAUUCGGCUGUGAAAAGAGUUAAGAAACUGCUUUAAAAAGGUUCUGCGACUGAUUGAUCGGUAAUAUUUGAGUUUAAAUUUUUACCAUAUAAAAAGAUUUUUCUUUUUCAUAUUAAUUUCGUAUAAUUUGAUGUUUUGCACAGAAAUAAAAAAAAAAUCUUAGGAUUUCCGCAAAAUUCCAAUUUAAUUGGAUUUUCUAUUUGCAGAAAUUUAAGUUUUUUUAUUUUAUCCAACAUAUUUAAAAAAAACCGUUAUUUAUGAAAAGUGAACUUUCUACCGAUUUUUUUAACCUAAAUCGGUAACUUACAGCAAGGCUCAAAAGAAACGACCUUUGAGUGUGCUUUCAUCGACAACAGCGAUAUUGAAAUACUGACACAUCGUCAUUACGAAGCAACCGUCAGUGAACGCACACGAAGUUGAUUACGAACGAAUGAAAAGCUCCUGCAGCCACCCGACAAAAAUCCGCAUGCUCUCUUCUCUCUCUUUUUUUCGCUCUUGCUCGCUCGUGCGGUGCUGCGUGCUGACUGACAGCAAUCAAUUGAAUGCAGUCAUGGGGAAGGUGAUCGGAAUUUUGAUUAGAUUUUUUUUCUGGCGAGAGUUUAGUCACUGCGCGAAUAACUAUGCGGUGCACUCAUUCGUUUGUGUGUGAACGGAAGAAAGCAGAAUGUCGAAUGGCCCUGAGAUUUCAGAGUUCAGUAGCUGAAAUAGCGGUGACAUGCUACCAAUAAAAAAAUAUAAUUGUGAACAGUUUAUAAACAAAAGAAUCACGGCACGGCGCGCACGGCCAAUGUGGUGUAAAGGACAUAUUAGACUAUGACAAAUAAACAACAAACAUACUCGCACUUUUUGACAGUUUGCCUUUUGUUGCUGAAAUGUCAGUCUGCAUACAUACAAACACUAAAAAGUGCGAGUUCGUUUGUUUGUUUGUCAUAGUCUAAUACCUCCUUAAUUAAGGUGCUAACUGGUUAGCUAGCGCAGUGUUGUCAGGAUAUUACAUACACAUUUUAAAUUUGUAAACCAAAUUUGGUAGUUAAAAUCAUUUUUUGUGGGUUAAACUAUGUUUCAAAAUUAAAAAAAAAUCUGGAAAAAAUCUGAAAAUCUAUUUUGGGCAUUGUCCCUAUUUUCAGCAUAAGCUGAAGAAAUACUUAGAAUCUGACUAGUUGAAGCAGAAUGAAAGUUUUGUACGCUGUUUUUGGGCCCACAGAUUGCUGCAAACAAAUGUGAAAUUAAACAUAAUUAAAUUUUUAAACGAUUACAGUUUUAUCAUAUUUUUUGGAAACAACAUUGUAAUUUUCUUUUCCUGGACUUACUUUUUAGGUCGUUCCCUACACAUAUCUCUAGUAAAUGAUUAGAAGUUUGCACUUAAAACUUGGAAUGUGGAAUGUUAUUUCAUCAACUGUACCUACUUAGUUCAUUGUUGUUGACAUCAUUUUUAAACAUUUUCUUGAAUAUUUCUUGUUUUUUUUAUUAUUUGAAUUAUUUUACGAAUACUAUUUAUUUGAGUUACCUUGCAAUUAAACUAAUUAAAACAAUUCCGAUUCAAACAGUCUAAACCAAUUUAAAGCGAAAUCCCUUUAUAAAAAAAAACUUAUCGAAACAAAAUCCAUUCCACAGCAAACAAUUUCAGUAUUGAUCGCGAAUUUAAAUCAAGUUCCAAAAACUAAAGUAAUUUGGGUACGUUUCGUUCCUCUCGCGCGUCCGGAAAUGAGUAUUUGUUGCAUUUAUGAGAGAUUUAUUUUUUUACUUGCAUAAAAAAAGACACUGUAAUGUACGAAGUUAAAUUAGCAAACAAACACACACAUUAUUAUAUUCAUAUAAAAAAAACUAGAAUUGGAAUAAACGAAAUUUUCCAUUCGCACACACACACUCGUGACGUCGAUAAAAAAAAAUACAUACACAUAAACAAAAUACAUAGAAGCGAAACUAUAAACUACUACUACUACACAACUACUAAUUCUAACUAACUAAAGAAAAGCGCUGAAAUUCAAGGCAUGUGAAGAGAAUAGUUACUGAAAGCAACAAUAAGUGGGAAAUCACUGACGGAUAGAAAAGAGAGGUGGCUUAUACUUGUUUAGUUCUUACAAUCGCGGAUCAAUGAUAAAAAACAAACAAAAAAAUAUUAGAAUUGUAGUGGUGGUAAACCAGCGUCAAAAACCCCAAAAUUCCAGCACUCAUUUUGAGCCAGCCACACGAGCAGCAACUUUUUUUUUGUACAUAGUUGAUAGAACGUAAUUCAUUAUACAUACAAUAUUUUAUUUAGCGUUUAAAAGAAUUGAAGAAAAAAAAUCCAUAAGUGAAAGCAUGCAAUCGCUUUAUACAUAUAUACAACAUUGGAAUGAAUUCAUGAUACAUGAUCAAUUUAUGUAAUACUAUUCUAAUAAAAUUCGCUUUUGCAAAUAGAA